AACACCACUCCCACAGUCAACAAAAGAAAAUAUCAACAACACCCAACUGACGAGACCUACACCCUGGAAAGAGGCAAGGAGCACCACUCUGACAACUCUCAACCUUCUUUAAAAAGGCUCAAAAGUGGUAAAGUACCCACAGAAACCAUCACUUUAACUAUGCCAACUAUGAAUAGUUCACACCAAGACCAACAAAACAAACAAACCAUUUCUCCUACUGUUCUAACUAACAACCCAAUAGCUGAAAACAUAGAAGUCAAAGCAACAAAUCCUGAAACUUCUUUCAACAAUGACACAAAUCUGAUGUUAUCACCACAACAAACCAAAAAGGCAGAUACCCAGACCAAAACUUCUACGGUCCUAGUUACGGUACCAGACACAAUGCAGAUCGACAAUUCUCAUGACCAGGUUAAUGACUCUGAGCCAAAUCAGCCAAUAAAUACGCAACUAGAAACAUUGCUUCAUAGGCUGAAAUCAACUAGUAAAAAACAAUCAAGUAUUAAACUUACUUACAGCCAGACAGCUGCUAACAAACUGAGAUUCAAUAACGGUAAACCCAGGUACUACUGGGUAGAAGAAAUUGCAAAUGAAAUUGAAAAGAAAAAGACACAGGCCUUUGAUUACACCACUUGA